AUGUGUGAUAUCUCAACUAGUAUGGGGAAAACUGAAUUAAGGUUGAAGAAGAAAGCAUCGGAGAGGACUGGCACAAUGCAAGCACUCCCAUUCAAUACUGAACGAGGACAGCAUAUUUUGAAAAAUCCCGGCAUUGUUAAUGCUAUCGUCGAAAAAUCAGCAAUCAAAGCAACAGAUAUAGUUAUGGAAGUUGGAUCUGGUACGGGUAAUUUGACUAUGAUGUUAUUGGAAAAGGCGAAAAAAGUGAUUGCUUGCGAGAUUGAUCAAAGAAUGAUCGCUGAAUUGAAAAAACGAGUGAUUGGAACAUCGCACCAACAUAAACUGGAAGUAAAACAGGGCGACGUCGUGAAAAUAGAGUGGCCUUUUUUCGAUGUUUGUGUUGCUAAUCUACCGUAUCAAAUCUCAUCUCCCUUUGUAUUCAGAUUAUUGUUGCAACGACCUUUGCCCAGUUUCGUCUUUCGAAUUUAUGCGUCAGCGGAUGCCAAUAAUUUUCCCGCUUCUAUUGAAAUGCUGUUAUUGAAGUACGCAGUAUUAAUGUUUCAAAAAGAAUUCGCGGACCGUCUCAUAGCAAAACCUGGUAGUAAAAUUUACUGCAGAUUAAGUGUUAAUGUCCAAUUCCUUGCACGAGUUGAGCACUUGAUGAAAGUAAAACGAACGGAAUUUCGUCCACCACCGAAAGUUGAUUCUGCUGUUAUACGUAUUGCACCGAAAAGUCCUCCUCCCUCCAUCAAUUUUCAGGAAUGGGACAGUUUGUUGAGAAUCGUUUUCCUUCGAAAGAAUAAAACCUUGCUCUCACUUUUCAAAAACAAUCAAAUUUGCGACUCUUUGGAGAAAAAUUACAGAGCUAUAUGCAGCAUCAAAAAUAAGGAAGUUACGAAAUGCUUUAAUAUGAAAGAAAAAGUAGAAAGUGUGCUAACGAAAAGUGGAUUCGCGUCAAAACGAGCAAGGCAUAUGGAUACAGAGGAUUUCUUAUCAUUACUGCUUGCCUUUAACAAGGAAGAUAUUCAUUUUAUUUAG